AUGUCAGCUACUCUCCACCGCAAUCCCCCUUUCCGCGCCGAACAUCUAGGUUCUCUUCUUCGACCAGAGAGGCUCCUCGAACUCCGUCACGCCUGGGAAGCAGGCAAAGAGUCCGCCGAAAAGGUCCAUGCGGCCGAGGAUGCCUGUAUCAACGAAAUCGUCAAGACUCAGCUCGACCUAGGCUUCCACGCCAUUACUGACGGCGAGUACCGUCGCCACAUGUUCUGGGGCUCCUUCUGGCCUGGUCUCGAAGGGAUGACAGAGAUCGCACAGCCCGACCCAGACCUCUUUCGCAUGUAUAUCCCCGACAUCGCUGCGUUUACCGAGGAAGGACAUAAGCCGGGCGAAACUGUCCUGUGUACGGGCAAGAUCAAGCACAAGGGAAGCACUUACACGGCUCAAUUCGAUUUCUUGAAGAAUCUUGUCCCGCAGUCUAAAUGGAAGGACCUGAAGUUGACGCUCGCGGCCCCGAAUUGGUAUCAUCUCAGGUAUAAGCAGGGCAAAGCAUAUCCUCCUGAUGUGUACGGGAACGAUGACGAGUAUUUUGCCGACAUUGCCAAGGCGUAUCAGGCUGAGUUGAAGAUCUUGUACGAUCAUGGAUUGAGGAAUGUUCAGUUCGAUGAUCCCAAUUUGGCUUACUUCUGCUCCGAAGCCAUGAUUGCCGGCUGGCAAAAAGACCCAUUGAACAUCUACUCGACCGACGAGCUCCUCGCCAAAUACAUCGACCUGUACAACGCGUGCAUCUCGCAGAUCCCGUCUGACAUGCACGUCGGCGUCCACCUUUGCCGCGGCAAUUUCGUCAAUUCUCGCCACUUCUCCGAGGGAGGCUACGAUCGCAUUGCGACGACCCUGUUCCAGAAAUUGAACAUGCACACGUACUAUUUAGAGUACGACACGCCACGGGCGGGAGGAUUUGAGCCCUUACAGUUCCUACCCAAGAACAAGAAUGUGAUUCUGGGCGUGGUUACAAGUAAGUUUCCCAAGAUGGAAGAUGAAGGAGAAAUGAUUGGACGGGUCAAGGAGGCGGCGAGGUGGAUGAGUAAGGGUACGGGAGAGAGCGAGGAGGAGUCGCUCAAGCGAUGUGGUGUAAGUCCGCAGUGUGGGUUUGCAAGUCAUUGUGAUGGGAAUUUGAUGAAGCAUAAUGAUAUGUUGGAGAAGUUGAAGUUGGUGAGGAGGAUUGCGGAUACCAUUUGGCCUGGUGAGCCUUGA